AUGCCCGUCCCUGAGGAGACAGCCUCCGCCAAACCACGGCGCGUGCUAGCCUGUGUAGCAUGCCAACAGCGCAAGAUCAAGUGUGAUCGUCAGUCACCUUGUGCCCACUGCGUACGGUCAGGUGCACAGUGCACGACAGCCGUACGCCAGCGGCGUCGUAGGUUUCCCGAGCGAGGGUUGCUAGAGCGUCUACGACAUUACGAGACCUUGCUCCGCCAGCACCACGUCGACUUCGAUCCUCUUCAUUCACCACCUGUUACAGGGCUCGGGUCUCCGAGCGGCGACGGUAAGGAUUCACCUUCGAACGAUACAGAAUCGGAAAUGAUCAUCCCCGGCACCGAGGGCCAGCCGUCGGGAGAGAAAUCAGUCGGGGAAGGAAAGUCCAGACCGUCAAGCGUUUCACUGAUAAGUGAGAAGUGGGCUGCAGAUCCCAAGGAUGAGGAUGACAACGACACCGAAGACAAUGAGACUGACAGUGGUUUCCUACACGACAACGAUGAUAUGCGUCAGGCUGUGAUCAGGAAAGCAUACGAUUACAUAUCCGAAUUCCAAAGAAACGACCACCUACUAUUCGGAUUGCCUACCGGAAAGAUCGACCUAUCCGCUUCCCACCCGGAUCAGGUACAGAUAUUUCGGCUCUGGCAGGUCUAUUUAGACAAUGUCAAUCCUUUGCUCAAAGUGACACACACUCCCACCCUUCAAGCACGCAUCAUCGAUGCCGCCAGCGACAUCGCUAAUAUCCACCCCGUACUGGAAGCCUUAAUGUUCAGCAUCUACUGUGUUGCCGUUUUGAGUCUUAGAGAAGACGAAUGCAAUGCCCUCUUCAAAUCGCCUAAAAAGGAUCUUCUGACAAAGUAUCAGGCUGGGUGUCAGCAAGCUUUGCGAAAUUGUGGUGUGUUACGGUCUACCGAUCGCGACUCUUUGACGGCAUUGUACCUCUACCUACUGUCAAUCAGGCCCGACACAGAUCCAAUGUCGCUUUCCUCAUUGCUGGGUGUCGCUAUUCGCAUCGCUCAACGAAUGGGUGUCCACAACGAUUUUAUCUAUGGCAAAUACUCCGUGUUGGACGCCGAGAUGCACCGAAGACUAUGGUGGUCCCUCAUUCUCUUCGACAGCCGCAUCUGCGAGAUGUCUGACCACAAGACCGCAACAUUGGCGCCGACCUGGGACUGCCGAACUCCGCUCAACGUGAAUGACUCCGAGCUUCAGCCAGAGAUGACAACGCCACCAGCAUCCAACGACCGACCCACAGAAUCUCUAUUCGCUGUGGUACGCAGUGAGCUGGCUGACUUCGUUCGUCACAGUGCCUUUCACCUUGAUUUGACCAACCCGUCAUUGAAACCACUCGUCACUCGAUUCGGCACCAGUUAUGAGGCGGAAAAGUUCAAUGAGCUGGAGAGAACCAUCGAGGAGAAGUACCUGACAUUCUCCAAUCUCGAAAACCCACUGCACUACAUGACCAUCUGGACUAUGCGGGCUUACCUGGCGAAGAAUCGUCUCUUGCAGCAUUACGCAAGAACCUCAACAGCGUCCGUGCAGCAGACGGAGACGCAGCGUAAAAUCGCCAUUUCUCAUGCCCUUCGCAUGCUUGAAUGUGAUACAAACCUCAUGACAUCGCCUCUCAUCAGCGGAUAUCGGUGGUUUGUUCACUUCCACUUCCCCUUACCCGCAUACAUCCACAUCCUUCAGGAUUUAAAAAGGCGGCCGGAAGAGAACGAUGCAGACCGGGCGUGGGAGGUCAUGAGCAACAAUUACGAGGUUCGAUUCAUGAACUCGAAGCAAGAUGACAAGCCGUUCUUUGUUAUUUUCUCUCGGAUUGUCUUCCAGGCCUGGGAGGCGCGGGAAAACUUGGCAAGACAACAACAGAGAGCACUGGUGCCACCGCGCAUUGUAUCGGAUGUGAAAGACAGGGUGAUACAGAUGGCGUCUGACUUUUCACAAAGCUGUAGCAUGGAGCCGACGAGUGGCUCCUGUGCUCCCGACGUUAAUGACUUUUCAAUUCCCAUGCAGGCGGCCUUUGGUGGUUCGAACAUGGCCUACGGCACUGGAGAUCAGGGAUCCACAGGUUGGGGAUCCUGGGGUUACCCCGACGUGUUCGGACAUGGUUCAUAUGACACCGAUGGGAGCCAGUUCCUUUUGAGUACAAUGGAAUGGAAUCCACUGUACGCGCGAAGCAGAUGA